GCAGCUAUCAUGAUUGGGAUACUACUAGCACUAGCGUGCUUGGUAUACCAAGCUGAUUGUGGUACCCAAGCACCCACCACACCCACCACUACCAUGAAUCCUAUGGACGUCCAGAUGGGAGACAUAAGGCAGACAGUGGAAGGUUUGUCCCGUCAAAUGGUGAUGCAACAACUCGGUGUGGAGGAGCGUAUCAGAUCAGACGGAGACUCGGGCAUCAAGCAGAAAAUUGUUAAAAAUAGAGGAACACGCCCUUAUCUCAAUGAUAUAGUAUCUUCCCCAAACCUGGCAGAUUUUUCAGAGUUUUGGACUCGAGAACGUGUUUUAGGCAUUGGCACAAAUGUCUUUGUUAUGAAUGGUGUCGAAUUCAGAUUACAACGUCAGAACUACAACCUAGUCAUGCCCAGCAGGACCAGUAAGGACUGGCACAAGACUGAGGACAUCCCCUACCCAGAGGUACCUCACUCCGUCCUGGCCAAGCACAACGUCACCGAACAGAUCGACGAGAUGAGGGAGUACUUCAGAGCUUUCAAGAACCAAGACACCAAAAUUCGGAGUGACUAUGCCCGCUACUUCAAACCGGUUCUUUGUUAUUUAGAAGGAGCCUGGCUGGAUGGUGCUGCUCAUAGCCAGGGCAGAUGGAUGAAUGAAGCAAUGUAUAUUGAAUAUACAGCCAACGAUGGACUAGAGGAUGGCCAUUCGUAUAAUCCUACUAAGAUCAUGAAGGUGAUCAAUGGUACUGCCGUCUAUGCACACUGGGCAUCCAGGAUUUUAUGUCAUCCAAUCAAACAGGAGCUGCCGCUCGCCUCAUUUUAUGUCAAAGAUGAUCUGGCAGCCCGACUAUCCGCUUCCCAGAGUCUGUAUGACUUCUCGAGAUCCAGGGCUGCACGGUUUGCCCUAUCCGAGUAUGGUAAACCUUCAAGGAAAUUUUACCCUGAAGUUGGUUAUGGUAAAAUGGACCCCACCUUUAACUCAUAUACAACAUUAGAUUCCAUAAUGGAAGAAAUUCCUGGGACCGAUAACUACCCCGUUCACAUAACUGGAGGAUCUUUUGGUCUGACCGCUUUCAAUGCUCACUUCCCCCGAAAUAACACUGAGCUCAAUCUCGGCCACUACCAUCACUGGUACCGCGUGCUACAGAAGGGGGCCAUGGGAACUACAGUCAUCAACCGUGGGUACGCUGACAGAAGUCUCUGGGUGGCAGCAUCUGAACAAGACCAUCUCGCUCCCAUGACGUACAACUCGUGCCAUUAUGAUCGAAAAACUCAUAAACAAAACUGUACGGAAUACGUAGCUAAAUACACUUAUGCUCUCCCCCUAGAAAUCGUUUGGAUGACUCCACUUCUCAGCUGGAAUCCAUACAACCUGCAACAUUUUGAGGGUGAUAUUCAUAAGAGCCCUGCUAACACAAUUAGUGCACAUGGACACAAUGGACGCACCCCAGAGAAGGCAUUUCUUGGCACUAAUCAUGAUAAUUUUUACCAAACCCCUGCCGAAUUCUUUACAAGAGCAAGCGGUGGGCACUACAUUGCUGACAGACAGGGACAUGCUCACAAGGUUGUACCCUCCAGUUUUCAGACAAUUCUACGCGAGAUACCGACUGUAGGAAACAUCAGACUGCGAUAUCCAGUGAUUCCCACACACCAGGAGGGAAAUGCUAUUUAUAAGGAACUAGACGCCCUAAAGGAGCUGGUCAUGAACAUGGCCGUCAACACCAAUUAUUUCCAUAACAAACCUGAUGCUGUGCACAGUAUUGAGGGCAACACAAACAGGGAGGAGCACUACCGCACCUCAUCAACAGCCAUCACUCCUCCUGGAAACCACGCUCACGAAAUACUACUCUCUGCAGACGACAUUUCAGACCUGGAGGCAGGAAAGACGGUGGCAGUGUACACUAGUCUAAACAAUGGCCACCAGCAUGUGCUCGAAGUCUACGCGGACAAGAACAUCCAUUACCGUCAAGGUCACUACAAAAUAGCUUUGUGUGAUGGCAAACAAAUGUGUUGGGACGGCCACUCCAACGUACUGUAUUACGUUUAUUAGUAUUCCUUAACUAAUAAAUCAUCAUGU